AUGGACGACGACUUUGACGACGCCGAGCUGUGGGCUGCCGCGGAUCGUGCUGUCUCUGCGACUGGCGCAGUUCAGUCGGCGCAACCGCAACGACGGGUGCAGCAGCCUGCACCCCAGAAGAUCCAGCAGCCCAAGCCUCAGGUGCUCGACAAACGACCGCCGCCAGCCCCUGGAACCGCGCCCUCGGCAGGACCCAAGAUUGUGCAGCCCACACCGCAGGUCCUUCCGCAGAGGGGUUCGGGGUCUACCAUUCUCGUUUCGCCCAGGCAGAAGGGCAAUCCCAUCCUUUCCUGCAUCAAGUCGACGGCUUGGGAGUAUUCUGAUAUACCGGCCGACUACGGGCUCGGUUUGACGACUUGCGCUCUAUUUCUCAGUUUGAAAUACCAUCGUCUCUACCCCGAGUACAUCUACACGCGAAUCCGAAACCUCCAAGGCAAAUAUAACCUCCGCAUUCUGCUUACCAUGGUCGACAUUGCGAACCACGAAGACCCCCUCCGCGAACUAGCCAAGACAUCGCUAGUCAAUAACGUCACCGUCAUCCUCUGCUGGUCUGCCGCUGAAGCGGCGCGCUAUCUAGAACUGUACAAGUCGUACGAGCACGCAAGUUUCAAGGCGAUCCAGGGUCACCAAGGAUCAAGUUACGUCGAAAGGCUGGUCGAUUUCGUCACGGUACCGAGAGGCGUAAAUAAAGCGGAUGCCGUAUCCCUCGUCAGCAACUUUGGCAGUUUGAAGAAUGCCAUCAACGCGGAUCCUGAACAGAUUGGCAUCAUUGGAGGCUGGGGUGAGGUCAAAGUAAAGCGGUGGUGUGAGGCAAUCGAUGAGCCGUUCCGCGUGAGGAAGGCGGCUAGGAGGACGAUUGAGGAUAGUGCCCCUUCUUCAGCUUCCAUCGACCCCAGGUUUGCUCUAAAAGCAAGUCAGCAAGGCGCCCCGGCAGCCGCCGCUAGGUCGGGUCAGACUGGGUCUGCGAGAAAUGAACGGCCGCGGCCAGCUGGUUAUGUCGAUGAAGAAGACACCAUGCUUGCCCAGGCUAUUGAGGAGUCGAAGCGGACUUCGCAGCCAACGCAGUCUAAACCCUCUCGGAACAAUCGAGAGCCGGAGACCUUGAGCGAAGGCGUCGCAGCUGCCUUGGCUAGGCUCAGGGAGCAGGGAUGA